GGAGGGAAGAGGAGGGAGGGGCGGGCCAAGAUGGCGGCCGCCGUGAGGAUCCAGAGCGACUGGGCCCAGGUCCUGAGAAGGAACGAGGCCGAGGUCUGGCUGAGCUGUCACUCCCCAGGGAAACCCACUUUGUACGGCACCUUGACUUGCCAGGGCCUGGGACCGGAUGGGGUGCCGGAGGUCACCGCCUCGGAAGGAUUUGUCGUGAGCGAAGUCACCGGGAAAAGCAUCCGUAUUUCAUGUCCAAAGGAAAACGCGUCCUCCAGAUUCCUGGCACCACAGGCCACCUUUCCCAGGAUUCACACGCAGAGCGUUACGUGUCUGGACGUUUCCUGCGGGGGUGGGCUGGGCGUGAGUGCCAGCACGGAUGGGACCAUGAAGAUCUGGCAGGCGGCCAACGGAGAGAUCAGGAGGGUGUUGGAAGGACAUGUGUUUGAUGUGAAUUGUUGCAGGUUUUUCCCGUCAGGGCUUGUGGUUCUGAGUGGUGGGAUGGAUGCCCAGCUGAAGGUCUGGUCGGUAGAAGAUGCCAAAUGCGCAGUCACCUUCAAAGGUCACAAAGGAGGGAUCCUGGACACGGCCAUCGUGGACCGCGGUCGGAACGUGGUUUCCGCUUCUCGGGACGGCACGGCCCGGCUGUGGGACUGCGGGCGAUCGGCCAGCUUGGGCGUCUUGGCCGCCUGCGGGACCCCUGUUAACGGCGUGGCCGUGGGGCCCGCCGACAACUCACUGAAUCUCGGCACCCCCGAGAGGGUUCCCAGUGAGCGAGAGGUCGGGACGGAGGCGAAGCUGCUGCUGCUCGCCCGCGAGGACCGUAAGCUGCAAGCAGUUGGAUUGCAGAGCAGGCAGCCGGUCUUCCUCUUCGAGGGCUCCGACGCUUUCAACUGCUGCGCUUUCCUCUCCUCCAUCUACGUCUUGGCUGGCACUCAGGACGGGAAGGUCUACCAGCUGGACGUGCGGAAUAGCGGGCGAUGGGAGCUGCUUCCUCACCCGGCAGGACCUGGACCACGUCGUCGAGCUGACCGGCGUGGACUGCGACCCCGUCUAUCAGGUGGCCGCGUGGGAGAAGCAGAUGUACACCUGCUGUCGCGACGGGCUGGUGCGCCGAUAUCGACUCUCCGACCUCUGAGGGGUGCCGCGCUUGGGCCCGGCUGCCGCUCCGAUGCCGCGACCCCCGCGACCCCCAGGCCUCGGACCUGCGGGACCCCGGGCCGCCGCCGCCGCCGCCGCUCCGGCUCACGACGCGGGGAGGGGAGAGGAGGGUCUUCGAACGCCCGGACCCGGCAGCCCCUCCCCACUGCCGCGUGGAGGCCCGGGCUCUUCUGUGCUGUGUAUUCUCUGGUUCCCUCGGGCCCCGCUGUGCGGGGUCCUGAGAGAACGUCCUCCGCUCUCUGAUUGGAAUAAAGGACUGGGGUUCCCGGAGCCCCCGGAGCCCGGCA